AUGCGCAUCCUCAUCACCGGCUCCAGCGACGGCCUCGGCCUGCUCACCGCAAACCUCCUUUGCAAACGCUCCCACCAAAUCGUCAUCCACGCCCGCAACCACUCCCGCGCCACCGAUGCCCGAACCGCCUGCCCCUCUGCACACGCCUGCGUAAUCGGCGACCUCAGCACCCUCGCCGGGAUCCGCGCCUUCGCACAAGAGGCAGAUAAACAAGGUCCCUACGAUGCCAUCAUGCAUAACGCAGGACUCUACCUCGGCCCCUUUCGUCGCACAGAAGACGGUUUGCCAGCGCUAGUAGCAGUAAACACGCUAGCACCAUACAUGCUUGCGUCUUUGAUGAAAAAGCCUGGCAGACUCAUCUUCGUCAGCUCAGGACUACACCAAAACGGGUCUGCAGGUCUAAAAGACAUAACAUGGCAGCAAAGGGGUGAGGAAGCUUGGAACUCAGGACAAGCAUAUGCGGAUAGCAAGUUACACAAUAUCAUGUUUGGGUUUGCGUUCAACAGACACUAUGGGAUUCCGUGUGUGUCGGUGGAUCCGGGUUGGGUCAAGACGAAGAUGGGGGGAGCGAAUGCGAUGGAUGAUUUGGAUGCUGCAGUGGAGACGUUUGCCAUGGUUUGUGANGGGGGUGGGGAGGCAAGCAAAAGNGAAACGGGUCAUUUUUAUCAGAUGAGGGAGAGGGAGUUUAGAGAGGAAGCUGAGGAUGUCGAUACUCAAGAGAAGUUGUUGAAGAUUUUGGAGGGAAUUACUGGCGUCAAGGUGCCUGAGUAA